AAGCCCAACCCAAUAACUGAGCCUUGGCGUCUGGUCGGAGGUGAAGAGGGAGCUGCCCUUGGCGACGUGCGCCCAACAACCCCGACUGGGCCGGCCGGGCUGCAUCUCGUUCCGCCGCCCAACAACCCCUUCCGCUGCAUUCCUCCGCGUGCGUUCUGUGUGUCUCUGUCGCCACCGUCUCGCUCUCCGGCGACUGGUGGGCCGCGGCCGCGCCGCCGCCGCCCUAAGCCAGGUGCUGAGGCUUUCGUUGGUUUCUUCGCCGGCGACGAGCAGCCACCAGAUCGUGAACUUGUAGGCUUGUUGUAUAUGUGCUUUAAUGGCGUCUCUCGGGCAAAGAGCCGGAAGCUACAUCUGCUCAGAGCUGUGUGGCACAGCUCUGAACCAGAGGCACUACUCCACUUCGAGGGUGGAUUGGAAGCAGCUGCGGCCAAUGAUUCUGAAGAGGAUUAAGAAACGGUCAAAGGACUACCCAAUCAAGCGGAUGAUCCCGGUUGCGGAGGAGGUGGUCAGGGCUAGGGAGAUUGUCAAUGAGGGCGUCUCCAGACUGCUCAAGGUUGUUCCUGUUCAGUCAUGCAAGUUUUGUCCUGAAGCUCACAUUGGAGCCACAGGUCAUCAGAUGAAAACAUGCUAUGGUUUCAAGUGUAUGAUCAAGGACCGACCACAUGAAUGGCAACCAGGCAACUUGAAUGACAUCCUUGUCCCUGUUCAGGCUUUCCACCAGAAAAACAUGUUUGAAGACGAGAUAAAGCACGACCAGCGGUUCGACUUCACUCGUGUCCCAGCUGUCCUUGAGCUGUGCCAUCAUGCAGGUGCAGACAUACCUGAUGAGAUUCUAUACAAAAGUGAACAAAUAUCUGAUACACUCAAAACCAACAAUCAGCAAUCUGCUCUGAUCUUGCCAGAUGAACUCAGAUAUAUCGGUCAGAGAACACUGGAUGCAUGGGAAUACCUGAGAUUAGGUGUCACAAAACUCCUCUUGGUGUACCCAUCCAAAGUUUGCAAGCAUUGCUCUGAAGUGCAUAUCGGGCAAUCAGGGCACAAGGCUAGAAUGUGUGGAGUAUUCAAGUUUGAGGGCUGGAAAGGGAUGCACAAGUGGAACAAGGCUGGAGUGGAUGACUUAGUUCCUCAGAAGAUUGUGUGGCAUCGGCGGCCUCAUGACCCACCGGUCCUUGUGGACGGCGGGAGGGAUUAUUAUGGCCAUGCGCCUGCUGUCAUUGAGCUCUGCAUGCAAGUGGGUGCAAUAGUACCCCCAAAAUACCAUUGCAUGAUGAAGACACACGGCUUAGCACCACCUGUUCGAUGAGACCAAUAUGUAAUAAAGUUGACUGCCUGGUUAGAUACAGGAACUGUAUAGAUCAGACACCAAAAUAAUUUUGUUUGCGAUUGAAAUUUCUUGGGUGCAAAAGACUGUUCUGGAAGAAGCCAUCAAUUAACCGUAAUGGCUAGCUGAGGAGAUACGCCAUUUUGAAUAUUUUUAUUGUUAUCAGAAUCCAGAAGGUGGGACUGGAAAGAAAAGGUUUUCAGGUCAGUAGCAGACACAACUAUUAUUUUGAAGGCCCUCAGACAGUAGGGAAAAUUUUGCAUUGUAAAAUAGUAGAGCAGCUUACUUCAUUGCCCUUCAUUUGCUCAGACUCGUUUCUCUAGAAUGGAGGAAGAGCUUUAGGAGUAGCCUACUAUCUGCUCUUCAGUGACUCAGCUGAGCUACAGUAAUAGCAAUGUUGUCAUUGUCUUACAUGACUUCAUUUUGCCAAAUCCUUUGAUAGUAGUGCACCUCAAUGUUGUACAAGUUUUUCCCAGCGCUUGAAUUUACGGGCAAUUUUGUUAUGUGCAAACCAUGUAAACAUAUCAGAGAGAUUGACAAUAUUAUGUAUUGUAUGUAUACCCUGCUAUCAAAAGGCACAAGCAUUCUUUCUUACA